UUGGGGGGAAUAGACUUAGCAAGGAUACGGAACAUGAAAAAUAGGACGAGACUCAAAAACCAAAUCAUGGUGUCCAAACAGCCCUGUAAUGUGGGCCCUAAAGAUCAGCUUACAGGGAUGACAGUUUAUUAACUUCAUCCCCAAAAAUACGCAAAGCACAAUCUCAACGGUUUCCGGUAUGGAAGAUUCACUGAGAAUUGAAAGACCCAGAAAACAAUCAAAUUGUUUUCAGAAAGAACAGCUCUGGAUUUGUGUUUUCUGUCCAUAUCCUUCAUUGUCUAAACACCCCCCUCCGCAGCCUCUUUUCCACAGCACUCCACAGCCCACAUUGCCCGUUGAUGAGUGUCCUCCAAGCGCCACAGAAGAGGAUGACAGGCCCACUUUUGGUUGUUUCCGGUAUCAGAAAUGCCUCUGGGUGCAGAGACUCGUCUGGGCUUUUGCCGAUUCAGUGGGUGUGAGCUGAUACGAUGGGUUUUGGCUGAUAAAUCACCUUGUUCUUCGGGUGCUUAAGAGGGUUUUUUUUUUUUGGCUGCACCAGAUGAGUUCAACACCAAAAAAGCGGUGGCCAUGAAUUCAGCUGGGACAGACUGAACUAGAUGAGUUCACCACCAAAAGUGUUCCCUGAAUUCUUCAAGGUGUAUCUCCCAGAGCUCAGCUGGGACAGAAUGCAAAUCCCAACAGCUUUCGUAAAACACUUUAAUGGCUUUGUCCCUGAAAAGGCCAUCCUCAGAGAUUCUGUUGGGAGAGUUUGGCAUGUGGAGGUAGGCCAAAUUGGAAGGAAUGUGUAUUUUCUGAAAGGUUGGCAGCAGUUUCUUACAGAUAAUCUAGUGGAAGAGGGCGACCUUUUUGUUUUCCAAUAUGAUGGCAGUUAUAUAUUUGAUUUUAAAUUGUUUGGGACAACUGGGUGUCAAAAGAAGGACUCUGAGGUUAAUGUGGAUGUCAACAAAAAGAAAUUUUUUGUGAAGGGGGAGGAGGAUGUUGAAGAAGUAGAAAGAAAUGACGAACAAGAGGAGGAAGAAGAAGAGGAAGAAGAACCACAAUCAAAAUCUUCUAACAAGGGAGUGGUUGUAUUCAAGCGUAAAUAUUCUGGCAGAGGUCCACGAUCAAUUGGUGGGUACAAACGAACUGCCAUUAAAAAGACUAGAAGUGCAUACAAAGAAACUUCUCGUACCAAGAGCAAGUAUAAAAAAGCUUGUAUUGGCAAUGUUGAGGUAGACAAUGCUUUAGACUUCAAAAGUAUUGUUAAACCUGAAAAUCCUUGUUUCAUAACAAAAAUACGACCAGGGAGGAGGAGUAAAUUGUAUGUUCCUGUAGACAUACUUAAAGACCAUAACAUUGCAUUGCCUCCAAAAGUGUUGCUUUGUGACCCGCAUGGGAGAUCGUGGCCUGGAGAUGUUACUGUCUGGAAGGAUGGUCGGACAUGGAUUGGCGGAUGGAGAGCUUUCUGCAAGUGGAACCAUGUUUUGAUAGAAGCUUCCCCUGCAUCCAAAGAGACCAACAUAUUGGCUGUUUGGUCCAUGAAUUGGUGCAGGAUGGCAGUAAAAUUUCUGUUUCUGUUCAUUAAUAGGAACUAUGCAAUUUGUUUUGCUUAUACCCAGCUGUGUUCAUAUCUUUAGCUGAUGGGAUUUAUUCAAAUAAGACUUGAUCACAGAAUGUGAGACAAAUCCUCCAUGAGCAUUAUGGUAACUGAAUCUCGUGAAUAUUGUUAAAAUGUUCCCAGAGCUUUGGAGCACGCCACAAGUGAGAUUUGGUAAGCUUAUGCAAUUCUAUUUCAUAUUUUAUUUAUAAUUUAUUUUAUCAACUAACCCCAUUAAUAUUUCUUCAUCUCUUGUUCUGAAACCAAUCAGCUUUCUCUCUCUAAAAAUUAAUUUAUUUCCAUUUUUUUUUCAUUCCUCGGCAUUACUGUCUUUUGAUGUUGGAUAGUGGACUGAAAGUUUGUAUUCAUUGUGCUUUAAUAAAUAUAUCAACACUCCUCUUCAUCUCAUCAAUGCUGGAAUUUAAUUUUUGUAAAAAAUAAGUUAGAGAGAACAUGAAAAAUGGGACAAUACCCAUAAACCAAAUGUCAGGUAACCGAAACAGUCCCUACCACAUGGCUCCAUAGAAUCAGUCCACAGGGAUUACGCUUCUCCGGAAAGACAGAAAAAACCCAAAUACUCUCUGAGGAAAAAGCUUUCAGAAAUGGCAGAUACCCAAAACUGGAAAUUGAAAGACCGAGCAAACAGUGAAAGUGUUUUCAGAAAACACUCAGCAAUUUGUCUUUUCCCUCUAUAUUCUUCAUUUUCCGACCACUUACCUAUGCACCCUUGUGUCCACCACCCUCCACAACCCACAUUACCCAUUGGAAAGUGUCCUCCACCCGCCACAGAUGAGUGAUGAGGCCACUGUCUGACACUACUGCCCUACUCUUGCUUUUCUUCUUUCUAGUUUCAGAAAUGCCUCUGGGUUUUGGUGAUGUAACGGGUGUGAGCUGAUACAAUGGGUUUGAGAUAAUAUAGUCAUAUUUUUCUUUGGGUGGUUGGAGUGUUUUUGUUGCUAAUCCAGAUGAAUUCACCACCAAAAAUGUGCCCCGACUUCUUCACGGUGUAUCUCCCAGAGCUCAGCUGGGACAGACUGCGCAUCCCAACAGCUUUUGUAGAGCACUUUAAUGGCUUUAUGCCUGAAAAGGCCAUCCUUAGAGAUUUUGUUUGGAGAGUUUGGCAUGUGGAGGUAGGCCCAAUUGGAAAGAAUGUGUACUUUCUGAAUGGUUGGCAGCAAUUUCUUACAGAGAAUUCUGUAGAAGAGGGAGACUUUUUGGUUUUUCGAUAUGCUGGAAAUUGCAUAUUUGAUUUUAAAUUGUUGGGGAGAACUGAGUGUGAAAAGAAAGACACUAAGGUGGUUGAUAUGGAUAUCUGCAAAAAGGAUUUUUGUGUAAAGGAGAAGGAUGUGGAAGAAGCAGAAGGAGAAGAAGAGGAAGAGGAAGAGGAAGAGAAGGAGGAGGAAGAGGAAGAAGAUGAAGAGAAGGAAGAUGAAGAGGAGGAGAAAAUGGAGGAAGAUGAUGAAGAAGAGGAAAGAGAACCACAACCAAAAUCUCCUAACAUGAAAAUGGUUGUAAAGCAUAAAUAUUCUAGCAGAGGCUGCCCAGCAAUUGAUAGAAAAAAUUAUUGUGGUUACAAACAAAGUGCUGUAAAAAAGACCAGAGGUGUGUACAAAGAAACUGCCCAUACCAAGAGCAACUAUAAAAAGGCCUCUUCAUCCCAGGCUGAGGUAGAUGGUGCUUUUGUCAUAGAAAAUAUUGUUGAAUCCAAAAAUCCUUAUUUCACAACAAAAGUAAGACUGAAGAGGAGUAGAUUGUAUGUUCCAGCGGACAUACUUCAAGACUUCAACAUUGCAUUACCUCCCAGGGUGUUGCUUCGUGACCUGCAUGGGAGAUCGUGGCCUGGAGAUGUUUCUGUCUGGAAGGAUGGUCGAACAUGGAUUGGAGGAUGGCAAGCUUUCUGCAAGUCGAACCAUUUGGAUGAAAAUGACUGCUGCAUUUGUGAAUUUGUACUGGAAAAUGGCCACCAUGGAGAUUUCAUUGUUCUUCACAUUCACCGGGCACAACCCAAGAUAUCACCCAGGUUCAAUCAAAGCUGAACGAAAAGAGACAAAACAAGUGAAGGCAUUCCUAAAUUUGGCAAUCAUUUUUAUUCUAAGUUCUCCAUGUAGUUAUCUACUGGGUUUCUGUUUUUAUAUUCAGCUGUGUUUGUACUGAGACACGAUCACUGAAUUUUCCACUAGUGUUUCACUGAAAUUCUGCUUGGUCUGUCUUCCAUGGACUACAUCAUGGUCAUGAAGGCUUCUGAGACUACUUAGAAGAGCUUAGAAGAGCAUGAUUCACCAUGUAAUAGAAUUAUUUUCCGCAUACUUAACAAUAUAGUCAGUCCAACAAAGCAGAAAACCAAAUUUAGAAUGAGAAUCCACUGAUUUAAGAA